CUUAACACCACACGUCUCGCGUUUCACCAUAACUUGCGUAAGACCUCCGAAAUUUCCAAAAGAAAAAAGAAAAAAAUUUCUUUUAAUUAGUAAAUUAUUUCCUAGGCCUUUCCUUUCUAUAUCCUUUCCUAAACGAAAAAAAAAAAAAUUAAACCCCAGCUCCGACGUAGCAUACCGUUAAAUUAUUCUUUUUAUUCCCUUUCAAUAACCCAAAUUUCGAUUCUCCAGAAAAUCCCUAAAAUCCUUGGAUCAGUUCUGUAGGUCCGAGCUUGUGGUUGUUAGGCCUCGUUGAUCAACAAGUUUCAUGUCUGAUACCGACGUCCAGAUUCCUAGUGCCUUUGAUCCCUUUGCUGAUGCAAAUGCUGAGGACUCGGGUGCGGUCGCAAAGGACUACGUGCAUAUUCGUAUUCAGCAGCGGAAUGGUCGGAAAAGCCUGACAACUGUCCAGGGGUUGAAGAAAGAAUUCAGCUACAACAAGAUACUCAGAGACCUCAAGAAGGAAUUUUGCUGCAAUGGCACUGUGGUCCAGGACCCUGAAUUAGGCCAGGUUAUUCAACUUCAAGGUGACCAGCGUAAGAACGCCUCCACCUUCCUUGUUCAGGCCGGCAUUGUGAAGAAGGAAAACAUCAAAAUCCAUGGUUUCUAAGUUGCAGAUGCUCGAAGUUUCCAGCUAAGGUUGCUCAUCUCUUGUCGAAACUGGGAAUACUACUUGAUUUGGGAUAAUAUCUAUUAGUGUUAUAUCAACUUUAUGUUGCUUUGAUUACAUCGUAUAUGCAUAUCGUAUUUCGUGUGCUUUCCAGAUCACCGGAUUCUGUAAUAUUGGAUGAUUAUGAACUCUGUGGAAGUUUGUUGCUCUAUGAUUCAGAGUUAAAACAAGUGCUCUUUUAGUCAU